AGAAAAGAGCAAAGAACUCAGUCAAACAAUCAUUUUUCGAGGUAAUACAACAAAAUGCAAGCCAAUUCGAGUACCACCACAACAACAACCACAACCAAAACGAAAAAACUGAGCAGCGGGCCGGGGGGCAACAUGAUCAGUUCUGUGGCGGUGACGAGUGCCACCAAAACCACCACAACAACGAGGAAGCCAGCGGGUUCGGUAUCCGGAACUGGAGCUAGUCCCAAGUCCCCUAAGGCGCCGGGUUCCGUCAGUGCAGCCACGUCUAAUUCCGAUUCUAAUGCGGAGAUCGAGGAACUGUCGAAGAAGAUUACCGAAACAGCGGAUGCCAUUUAUAACACGUGGAAGAGUCGGGGCAUGCCGCCGGUGGAGCUAAUGGGAGAAUUCACAAACAUAGCGUCCCCCUCGUCGGAUACCGAGGGUCUUCAGAAGAUGGUGACCAGUUUUGUGAACAAGGACAAGGAACAGCGCGGCAAAACGAAUAGUCUAAAGAAGUCCGAGAUCACGUCCAACGGCAAAGUGAAAAAGGCAGCCACUCCCACAUCGUCCACCACGAAUUACUCACCCGUUCCAGAGCCAGCCCUGCAGUCCCCCAAGAAGGUGGCCGCCGUAUCGGUCAGUAAACCCGUUCCCGACGUCAACCUCAACUACGACAUCAAUCUGCAUUUGGAUGUGAACAAUCUGUCCCAGCAGCAGACACAGAAUCUGUUGAAAAUCAGCGAACUGAUACAGCAGCAGAAGGAUGUGGCAGCGACGAGCGGGAAGAAACGGCAGAGCACCAAGACGAGCAGCAAUGCGAGCAAGGUAACAGCAGCUGCCGGGGAGCAGCAGGCCGGCAAAAAACAGAGCAAGGCCAGCAGCAGGAGCGGGAACGGGACGCUUUCUGUUAGCAUAGAUGUGGUGGAUGCACCGCAGCUAAACAACACCAGCCGGGUGGCCAUUGCCAACAGCGCUGCAGUGAGUGAUAAAGGCAGCGAGCCAGCGGCCAUGAAUCGCAAGUCAAGCAAAACCAAAGAAAACACCACGCCAGAAGGAAAGCCGGCAACCAAAGAGAAACCCACAGCAGCAGGAGCGACUGCAUCCACACGCAAAUCAACAAGUCGCAGCACAACUGAUAACGCCAGCAACAUGGCUGCCAACGCAGCAGCAACAGCCACAUCAGACGCACCAGCACCGGCAGCAACAUCAACAUCAAUCGAUGCAACGCCAGCAACAUCGGGCAGCACAACGAUGCCAACGUUGAAUAAAGUCAAACCGACGGGUCGGGCGGCCCUCACCAAUGGCCAGGACAAAAUUGGACUCCUCACACGCGGCUCCGUGGCCGAGCGCGUUCUCAUGUUUGAAAAGUGUCCGGAUGUGCGGCAUUCGUUCCUGAACAUCAAGCGACCUCAGGCAGAUGCUCCUCCCAAGAGUCUCCUCAAGGUCAAGCUACACAGCACACCGCCCCCACCGCCACAGGAGCAGAAUCUGCUGCAGAAGGAGAUCCGUUCCACCAAGAGUGUCUACAUACCCAGAUUCUACUUUCCACAUGGCAAGCCACAGCCCACGAUCGCCAUGGAACGGGUAUUGCGGGGCAUCCUUUCCGCCUUUGACAGCUUUCCCAAUAACCAGGUGACCAAGGACGAACUGCCCCGCAUCCUGAAGCUCUGCGGGCUUCCCUUUUAUUGGCGCAUGCCGGUGAUGGUCUUCUGCCAAACAGCCAGCACUGGUCUCGUGGAGCGCCAGCGUUUCGUCGAGUUCUGGAAACAAAUGAAUGUGUAUUGCCACGAGGCUGCCUCAAGAUUCGUGUACAUUCUGUCACGAGGCCAGAGGUUCCGUUCAUACAUUGUUCCCGAGGACCUGGUGCCCAUGGUGCAAGAUGUGGUGGAUACACACCCCGGCCUGGCCUUUCUAAAGGAAGCCACCGAGUUCCAUUCCAGAUACGUGCACACAGUCAUCGCGCGCAUUUUCUAUUCGGUGAACCGUAGUUGGAGCGGCAGGAUCACAAUAUCAGAGCUAAAGCGAUCCGAUCUUCUGGAGAUGAUCAGUUUGCUGGAGGAGGAAGAAGAUAUAAACCAGAUUAUGGCUUUCUUUAGCUAUGAGCACUUUUAUGUGAUCUACUGCAAGUUUUGGGAACUGGACAAGGACCACGACCUGCUGAUCAGCCAGGAGGAUCUGGCAAAGCACAGUGACCAUGCCCUGUCCACCCGCAUCGUAGAGCGAAUCUUCUCUGGGUGUGUGACCCGCAGUGACAACAAAAAGGCGCCAGAGGACGAGGCCAAGAUGUCUUACACGGACUUUGUGUGGUUCAUCCUGUCGGAGGAAGACAAGAGAACGCCAACGGCCAUAGAGUACUGGUUUCGGUGCAUGGACAUUGAUGGCGAUGGAGCAAUCUCCAUGUACGAAUUGGAAUACUUCUACGAAGAGCAGCAACAGCGGAUGGAGGGAAUUGGUAUUGAGUGCCUGCCCUUUGAGGACUGCCUGUGUCAGAUGCUGGAUAUGAUAAAGCCUGCCAAUCGUGACUGCAUCACUCUGGGUGACCUAAAGAAAUGCAAGAUGACCCACGUGUUCUUCGACACUUUCUUUAAUCUGGAAAAAUAUCUGGAUCACGAACAACGCGAUCCAUUUGCCUCGCAGCGGGACGAAUAUACCUCGGAUUGGGAUCGCUUUGCGGCACAAGAAUACGAGUUGCUCAUAUCCGAGGAGAACGAUUAGGAGCCGCCUUAACAUAUUUAUUAACUUACAAAUUUUUAUACAAAUUUAUACACUUCGAAUCGAAAAAAAAAAGAAACCCAAAAAUCAACAAAAAGAUGGAACUACUUUUAGUUCAUAUGUGCAAUAAAUUCAAAUUAUUUAUUAUGAGUUCUGCAGAUUUAGUUGAAUUUUAACGACGAAUAAAAUAAAAAU